GUAAAAUUGAAUCCAUUUACCAUUUUACAUCUUACUUAGUAGUUUAAUAUGCAGUUCAGAUUUUUCCAUGGAGAGUGAUUUAGAAGGGAUCUCUUUCAACGAAGAAAAAGAAAAGGAAGAGAGAUAUUGUUUGAAUACAAUCGACAACUGUUUAAAAAUAUAUGUUCAACGAAUUAAACUAGCAGUUGCUAUAUCUGUGAUAAGAUCUACUCCACCUGAUACUACACCAGAAAAUUAUGCGCGGAAUCUUGUUCAGAUGUUCACCACAGAUGUUGCGGCAUGGAAGUCAAAGUGUCAAGAGCUCGAACAAGAAAUUUUGUCCCUGGAACAAAGACUUCACGUAGUAGAGCUGAAGGAGAAGACCAACCUAUCUUUUAUCUGUGCAGAUAUACUUGAAAAUGACGAUGUCCUUGUUUCAAGAAAAGAAGAACAAAAUUUAACAACUAAUUCCCGAAUUGAUGAAUUCGAGAAGAAAGUAUGCGAAACUGUGGAAUUCGUGAGAAGUUUCAUACUAUUAAGUUCAUUUUCAGUUACUUGCAAUUUAAACUUUGAUGACAGUAAAACAGAAAGUAAACGCAAAGAGCUAAUUUUGAAAUCUAUAUUGACUUUAUUUGGACAUCUGAAAAGUGAAGCAGGCCUAAACCUCCCUUUUAAUAUCGUCAACCAAGCCAUGAACGAAAUUCUUCGACUGUUUGAUACAAAGAAUAUGUCUUUAGAAGUAGAACUGGUUAGAAUAUGCAUGUCAUUAGUAGAAAAUUUACUAAUCGACAUUCAUAAAACAAUGGAAAUCAACCAGCAUAACUUCCUUCACAGAAGAAGCUUCCUAAUUCAAAUGCUAGCAGAACAUAUUUCUUUGACACCUCUCAUCUUGAGCCGCCUUCUUCGGGAGAUAACAAUUAUGUGUGACUUUUUGGAGAGUAUGUAUAGGGAAGAUAAUGAGGAUUUCACUCCACUUCUGCGUUUAGAAAAUAUGUAUUAUGUCCUUCAGUCUACAGAAGGAGUACUGAAUAUCAUGAAAGGUCAAAACAGCCCUUUGAACGUGAUCAAAAUCCCUAAGGAAUUGCUAACCGAAUGGAAUAGGACAACAGAUAAAUCUUUAACAACUCUUGGUACACAUUGUUCAAUGUUUUGCAUUUAUAUUUGGCAUAUCAAAUCUCUUCUAAGAAAUAUUUUAAAUACAGACGGCGUAUAAUGAACGGAUUAUUGAAAAUAAGCUCAAUAUGCCAUCGUCACCAAGCCAAAACCACGAAUCUACAAAACUGUUAUUUCGAGAAAACGUGAUUAAUUCUGAUAUCUGCUUUCUUUUGAAAAUAUCGAGUUAACCCCCCCCCACACACACAUAAUAAGUCUUCUACAUGCAAUUCAGGAAACGGGCGUUUUUUGCUUUUAUUUCGGACAAAAAAUCAGAAAACAAGUUCGAAAACUAAUGAAGAGGUUCCUUUUAUUCUAACUCCACAUAACCAAAGUUUAAUAAAUCCAAAGCCGCAUAUUCUUUUUUCUUAGGUGAAAUAAAAUUGAAAUUUUCUUAAUUUCUUUUUUUCCUUUUAAAUGUACAUGCUGUAUUUAAGCAAAAAAGUAAAUUGCUUAAUUUCAGUAAUUAAAAAAUGAAAGAUGCUAUAUUUCUUGUUAAACUUUAUCAAAAGAAAAUAUCUUUUUCAUCAUUUUCUGCAUAUUUUAUUAAUUAAAAAAAAAAAAAAAGAUUGUGCGAUAUUCAGCAGACUUACGCAAGUAAAAUGUGAUUUCAUUGUUUAAUGUCGCUGAAAAAUGAUAUUGUAUUUUACUUCAAGAAAACACAAUGUUAAUUUUUUAACUGCAUAAAGAUUGCUCAAAAAUGUAUUUAAACCAAAGGCUGCAUUUCUUCUUUUUCACAAUAAAUAUGGAAAAAAAACACCUCAUUUACGUAGACAUUUUGGGAACCCGAAUGAACUUUCUGUCCUUAUUAAUUCGAAUUUUGGCACUGAUGUAUGAAUAGGGGAAAAUGUGGAUUCAUACUUUUGGCUUGGUGCCUUUUUUGAUAAAUAUAUACUAUCCACGUAUGCUUAUAAGUAUAAAAGUGUUUGUUUGUAAACUAUUCAUAGUGAAAGUAAUUUAAACCUAGGAAAAACUCAUAUAAAUGUUUUUCUUUAUCUUAUA